AUGAUUGUUGACAGUCGGAUGAAUAAUUUCAAGCCAGACCAGAGGCUCUGUUUAUGCUUUUUGUAUUGGGGCUUGCCACUCAGAGACAAGUUCUGGGGAUCUGCAGAGGCGCGCCGCGAACACGGCAGAGAACAAGGUCAAGGAAUGUGUGCGGUAAUGGGAAACAUGACAGCUACCCACAAUGGCCUUCCACCUCAGGACCUAAACCUAGAUCCCAACGUGGAGUUACCGCAAGGACGCAUGGCAACAUGGCAGGCGCCACAAGGGCUCAAAAGCCUAGCCUUGCAGCUCGUAUACUCCCGAUCUCUGGAAACUUCCCUCAAGCCCAUGAACUCGAAAUCUUCCACUUCUUUCACCGUUCACGCUAGACUGCAGCCAAGCCUCUAUUUCCGCACUUCAGUUUCAAGUCUAGAUCUAGUCGUAUUAGCUCACUAUUCUAUGAUUAAACCUAUGGCAACACAUUCAGACUCACCGGGGCAAAGCCAUAACGUCGGAUCCUGGCUCGAAUUCAAGGAAAACAACCUUAAUGCACAUUCUUCAACUGAAACAUUGCCUCCCGGAGAUUUAACGGUGGCGAUCACGUUGAAUUGCAUUCCGGCCACAUGGGUCGUAAUAUUGGGGCGAGAGCUGGCUUUAAUUGGUCACGAGAGGCGCUCCCCUGGCCGGUGGAACUUAUGGUAUUUCUUCCGCCUUCCCCGAUGUCUCAGCGCGUAUAUGCGGGUGAACGGGUCUCAUGUGCAAUUGGCGGGCGCGGUGAGACAAAAUACAAUGUUACGCAACCUCCCUCCUGGCGAUAAGCGAGUGCAGCCUAGCUUGAUGUGUGGAUCCGUCACUUUCGAACAAGCGAUUGAGCGGCUGCUCCACCCGCUGCCAUGCCAGUCAUACAUCAUUCACCACGGAAGAUGGUUCUGCCGACGUCAAGGUCAAAGAACAGCCUUUCUUCUAAUCCACCUUCCCGCCCACGCCAACAUAAUUGACGAUGCUCAACUGCGCCGCUUCUUACAACGAUUCCCAAAUCGGCCAGAAACAGGGUCAGAUGAAACGCAACAGCUUAACACCCUUCUUGACCCACAGGAAUACAAGGAACAUACCAACGACGACCCUGGCUUCCCGGAGGGCUUGCAAUCCGCUCAGAUCGCGAUGCAGAAGCAGAUUAAUUGGAGGAUCGUGCAAGGACAACCUAGAGAUAUGGGCAUGGGUAGUGGGAGUUCUGGAUCUGGGGAGGUAGAUCAUACGAAAGAGGUGAAGAUCCAUGUGCAAGCUCUACCCAAUGAACUGACUGAAGUAGAUCUGCCUGCCUCCCAUUCAAGAAGAUCAUCACGAGCACGUAAUGAAGCAAUGGAGGAGAAUGAUGAAUCGGUACCUGGCGGAAAACGUAAGGGGGUAGCCAUCAAGCAAACUUCCAGGCACCUUUCCGCUCAGCACAUCGAGAUAUCUAUUUUAUCUAACUAG